AUGGCGGAAGAAGAGACCCCUAGAGAGACACCCGAAGACACGCGCGGCGACGACAACCAACACUCGGCCUCGAAGUCCGCCGCCAAUCAGGCAGCGAAGGAUCGAAAAUGUCAAUACUGCCAUCAGGCGUUCACGUCGUCGUCUCUGGGCCGCCACCUUGACCAGUUCCUGUUCAAGAAGAAGCCCGACGGGGUCCACGACGUUGAGGAGAUUCGGCGUAUCCGCAGUGGGAUCACUCGUCGCCAGGCUCGCACAACCUCUGGCAAGCGAGAUGGCAGCCCCGAACGCGCCUCGAAGAAGGGCCAUGGCGAUUCAUAUACCUCAGUAGAUUCGGCCUCCAAAUCGCGCGACGCUCCAGUGCGCAUGAUGUUCAAUACGCCCACUUGGCACGCAACCGGGGUCAUCAAUGACAUCCCUAACCCGAACCGCACGAUGGACGGACCACGACUUGCCUCGUCUCAAUCGCGAUCCGGACCGUCGCAGCUGCCAGAUUUCGCUAGUCGAGGAUCCACCGCGAACAAUCCCGACACAAUGAAGGCACUAGAGCUGGCACUGCGAGAAGUGCUUGACAACAUAAAGGCUGCAACCUCUCGAUUCCGGCCCCCGAUGUCUCCAUUUGAUUUCGACAUACAGUCCCAGUCGUUCCCUUCCCUCUGUCUACAGCUGCUGCCUCCCCCGCCGAGCUUGUUCGCGGCACAUCCAUUCCCCUCUCCGACUUCCUUCCCGCUCCAACCCCCUGGUUCCGAACAUCUUGAUAUUGUCCGACAGGCUCUCCGUUCAAAAAUUUCACAGUGGCAGUCGGACCAAAUUGCAGCGGAGUCUUUGGCUCACUCAAGACCCGUUGGCGGUAAUCUGGACCACUCUUUCAUCUAUCGCACCGCGCAACAACAUGAAGAAAUGGCUCUCCGACAUAUGGAGCUAGCAUUCGAUCAUUGGAAUAGACUCUCUUCCGACACUAGAUGCGAAUUAUGGCAGCUGGAGACCACACGUGCAUUUGCUCGCGAAGUUGAGAAACGAAAAUCCGUGGAUGAACAGCUCGCCCGAGUGCAGCAGGAAGCAAACCAACUCCGGGCACAAGUUGAGCGAUUGGGAUCAUGUCAAUGGCCGCGCGAAUUUGCCUUGUUUCCUCCUGACACGCUUCCAAUUUCCCGAGACGUUGCGCGGGAGUUGGACACGAAGGAGAGUCACAUUAGCCCCAACUCGUCCCGCUGGGACUAUGACAAUGUGGUGGCCAAGUGGAAACGUGUUGUCAUGCACGAUAAAAGUAUGGGGCGUAUUGGCGUAGGCCAUGCCAAUACGAACACCUCCGGAGAAUUUGAUAGCCUUCAACAACGCGACAGCCCUGACCUCCGCCCUCCCCGUCCAGGCGAGGAUACCUCGUCUCAUCCCAAUCGCUUGCGUCCUCUACAAAACACCGCUACAAUGAGCCCAGAUCCCGCCGCAGCCUCUACACCAGCUUCCUCCAUUCAUUACGCCUCUCCAUACUCACAUGCCGAUACUCGCAGCCCGCCGGGUGGUGCUGGAGCAGGCUCGCAGGCGAAGCGUCCACGGCUGAUGAAUGGAUCAGAUAGUUCUUCGGUUGCCGAUCCCUCUGCAGUUGGCAAACCACUUGGUCCUAGUCUAUGGCCUUCAUCCACUCCGAUUUUGUCUAACCUUGCAGCGCCGUCUGGGCAUACUCCCCCGGGUUCCUCUCGAGGCUAG